CUACGAUUAAAAUCGACUGAUCCCUCUUUGUGACUUUUCUUUUUCAACCCACAUCUUUCCCGGAAUCUUCCUUCUUACUCUCUUCACAAAAGAGAGAAGAGCGAGCAGCCAUCAUGACCAACACUACCGAUAUCCCUAACCCUGGUGCUCCGGAGCUACCAACCAAACUCCCAUACGAGCUCAAGGAAAUCCGGGACAUGCAGGAAAAAUUGAACUUCGGCAUUCCCCAAAUGGUUCGCACCUUCCGAGACACGACCCACGGCGAACUCCAGGAGUACUGCCGGAUGUCAGAGCUUAUGACCAAAAGAGCGGCCACCCUUCGGAUCCAACUGGAAAAUAUUGACCCAACCGGCUUAUAUGAGAUAUGCAAGAAGCUCUGGUCCAUUGAGUGGGAAUCCAAGCAGCUGGCUGCUUUAUACCGACGCCAAGCCUAUCUCUACCAUCUCUGGUUACAAGGAUUUCGGGGGCAGUCUAGAAAGCAAGCCGCUGUGCUUGACUCGCUCCUGAACGACCCCGUUUUCGACCCCCUCCGCCUGCCGGUGGAUGCGCUUUACCGGAAUGACCCAGAGGCUACGCCAUAUACAACCGAUUAUACUCAACACUUCGUUGGCGAGGAUCCUCUGUAUACGUAUGCCGUUGAACUGCGCCGUGCACCCGAGCCCGUCGAAUUUUCCUCGGCAGCUCCCCCUUCACUCGGACCCGGUGGGAGCCCUCUGGUGACCUUUUAUGGUCAGUCUUGGAGUCAGGGGCGCAAAGACCCUCAAGAGGUUGCGACUAUCAAUCCUGGUCUGUUGGAGCUGAGAGAUCUGGCGGAGAUCUCCGAGCUAACCUGA